UGCAGCUCUGUCAGUACGUGGCUGCUUGCAUCACGCGAAAGUUAUUAGUCAUGAAUUUCUUGCUCUUCAUCGCUCUGUUCGGAACGUUUGCCCAAGCUUGGCGAUGGCCUUGGCAGAAACCGGAUACACCCGAAUGGUCUACGCUUUCAGUGACAUGGGGAAAGUUCAACACUUUGCCAAAGGAUAACGACACAGCAAUCGAAAAAGGAUGGAGUUUGACAAAGUCAUGUAAUGCGUCCAAUUAUUUUGCUGGCAAUCGUUACGUUCUAAAGGGAGAUACCGCAGUGAUGCUUCUCUUUGAUUCCCAAGGAAAAAUUGCUGGAAUUCAAAAUGGGAUUCCUAAGUCUGCGGUUGGAGUUCUAACAGCUCCGUGGAUUCCUGAAGGGGAUAACUACGUCAUAACAGCUUACUUCACCGAUCCUCGAAACAUCUGCGGUGGAUCCAGGCCCUCCUCAGCCUACUUAGGCGACCGACUUUUGCUACAGACUGGAAACCAGAUUUCUAUUACCAUGGCGAUUCCAUUCAAGCAAGAAGAUUUCAAAGAGACUAAGUGGGUGCGCGGGGGCUGCUUCCCUACCAUGGGUCGUCACUACUGGUACAACAUCUCACCGGAUAUGGACUGCAAAGAUUUUUUCCCGAUGUUUCUAUUGUACAACAGGGAUCGUCUGACCGGAUUUGGUUGGGUUGCCAUUGGCAAUGCUGACAGUCCACGAUACGAACACCCUCCCCCUAAAAGACUCGGGUUUGGAUUCUUCCUGAAAGAGACGCAGCCGAAAUGCAUCGCCAACCUCAAAUCACUGACCACCCAACACGUCUAUUUGGACAAGUGGCCACAGUUAAACUUCUGCUUUAUCUAGACAACGCCACAGCAGAAGCAGCCUCUUUACCAGGAGCUCUCACAAUUCCAAUCCCUUAGGGCUUCCUCGCCGCAGGGGAGACCAGAAGGGACGUCAUUGCGGACCUAUAUUUACCGUUAAAAGGGGAAAAAUUUCAAGGGUAUUUUGAAGUUGCGGGGUGAAAGAUAAUGAAUAGGAAGAUGAAAUAAAAAUAAUGAUAAUAAUAAUAAGCUUGUUUCGAAACGUGUUUAUAAUUCUUUAAAAAUUUGUGUUGAAGAGAGACAGAGAGAUCAAAGUCUAAAUUCGCUUAGCUCUGCACAUUAAAAGCGUGGACUUUUAACCUUCAA